AUGUCUGCACCCGUUGCCCCCAUCGACCCCGGCCAGUUUGACGAUGCACCGGAGGAUACAACUGCUCCUGCGCCAGGCCUGAGACAAGAUACCGCUUUCAUUGAUCUAUCGGACACGGAGGAGCUGUCUGACCUCGACGCUGAGCUUCCAAGCGAUUCGGAGGAUUCGAUUGACGAAUACUACGAUGAUACGAGGGUGGAGGACGAGGAUUGGGAGAAUGCUGAGAGAGACUUCACCAAACAGUACAAUCGAUUGCGCCAACAUGUAGCCGUACGGACAGGGAGCGCUGCUGGGACCUCUUCCGCAACCAAGAAGGGCGCUUCUGUCGCCCCCCUUCCUGCAGUGAACCAUCCGACGAAGCAGCGCGCCAGCAGCUCAACGACACAUGCCAAGGACAAGACCGCCGAUCAGCUGGAGGCGCUCUCGAAGUACUCCUCCCGGCUGGCGAAGAUCGACGUCCCGUAUACGAUGGGUGCUGGUGUUAACCGCAAGGGGCCAAGUGCGACCGCGAACAUGAAGGACAAGUCCGACCGCGCAACAAGUGAGCAGGUACUGGACCCUAGGACGAGGAUCAUUCUAUUCAAGAUGAUCGGGAGGGGGCUGAUCCAGGAAGUGAAUGGAUGUGUGAGUACGGGGAAGGAGGCCAACGUCUACCACGCCCUCACCCCCGAAGGCGCCCACCUUGCGCUCAAGAUCUACAAGACCUCCAUCCUCGUCUUCAAAGACCGCGACAAGUACGUGUCGGGCGAGUACCGCUUCCGGCGCGGCUACUCCCGCCACAACCCGCGCAAGAUGGUGCGCGUGUGGGCCGAGAAGGAGAUGCGCAACCUCAAGCGCCUCGUCGCCGCGGGCAUCCGCUGUCCCUCGCCCCUCGAGGUGCGCGAGAACGUGCUCGUGAUGUCCUUCGUCGGCGACGCCGAGGGCUGGGCGUCUCCGCGGUUGAAGGACGCGAGCCUGCCCGCGGAGGCGUGCGCGGGGCUCUAUGUGGAGCUCCUCACCGUGGUGCGGACGAUGUAUCAGAAGUGCAGGCUGGUGCAUGCGGAUCUGUCGGAGUACAACAUUCUGUUCCAUGAGGGGCACCUGUGGAUCAUCGACGUGUCGCAGUCGGUGGAGCACGACCAUCCGCAUGCGUUCGACUUCUUGAGGAACGACCUGAAGAACGUGGAGGAGUUCUUUGGGAGGUUGGGCGUGGGGUGCUUGGGCCUCAGGCGCGCGUUCGAGUUCGUGACGAGGGAGAGGGUAGCGAAGGAUGAGGCUAACACGGAGACCGACGAGGAUGCCCUUCGGCGGUGGAUGGAGGAGUCCGCGCAUGGCGAAGGGGAGGGGGACGCUGCCGAUGAAGAUACGACGGCGAAGGAACAGGCCAGCCACGAGGACGCGGUCUUCAUGCGCUCGUAUAUCCCGCGGACGCUCAACGAGGUGUACGACCCGGAGCGCGACGUAGAGGUGCUGAAGAGCGGUGGCGGGAAGGACCUGAUCUACAAGGAUGCGGUUGGGUUGGUGCUGCCGGAGGAUGAGCGGGCAACGAAGGACAAGGAGGGAAAGACGGUAUCGUUCAGCGAGGAUGAGGCGUCGACAUCGAAGGCAGACGACGCAGCGGCGUCAAAGUCAACGAAGGUGGAGGAGGAAGACGAUAGUCCAGAGGAGGACGCGUCGGAAGAAGAAGACGAAGAGUCCGGCGAGGAGAAUGAGGCUGGGGGCUUCAAGGAGAGGAAGCCGAGAGGGCACCGACACGAGGACAAGGAGGCGAAGAAGGUGCGUGUUGGGCUCGUCCUUCGCGUUGUCAGACGACUGACCAGAUCACAGGAGCGCAAGAAGGCUGUCAAAGCUGAGAACAAGGAGAAGAGGAAACAAAAGAUGCCCAAAGCGGAGAAGAAGCGCAUUAUGAAGAAGAGUCGUGGUGGCUAG